AUGGACGAAAACAUCGGCCCCAGCCAUGAAGGACCCGCGGCCGCCCUGUCUGCGAGUGCGGCAUCGCACUUGAUGACCAGCUUCGCCGCCUACGAGCCCAUCUCGCGUGCCACCUCGCCUGGGCUGCCCUUUUCCAAGUCCGACGACGACGACAAGCGGCGAUACCGACAGCGAACCUUUGCAUACUUCCUCCAGCUGCCCUUUGAGGUCGAGGAGGAGGCCCAGCGCGAUGCUGCCCUCCAGGGCAUCCUCAAGCAGCUGUACAUAUCCAUCCAGGCCGAGGACUUCUCUCCCGGUGCGCUGCACUGGACUAGGGAGCUCCAGGGAUGGCUGAACCUCAAGUUUGAGAUGCCCAGAGACCUGAGGGCCAAGCUGGCCAAGCUCUACUACUCGCUGGCUCUGGCUCCCGGCAUAGACAGCAACGUCGCCGACAGAUUUGUCCGAAUGGCUGUCAAUCUGACGAGGAAGAAUCACUAUCUGAAGCCCGGCGAAGAUCUGACCCUCGACUGGAGACUUCUCUGGGAUGAGGUCAAAGCAUACGUGCUCCCCUCGGAGGUGGCAGCUCACCAGGCCAGCCGAAGACGAGCCGCCAAGCAGCUCCUGAGGCUGUCUCUCAAUGCACACACGUAUUUCGACCCCAGAGAGAGGUUAGCGAUGAUGCAGGAGUUUUUGCCCUUCUUCAGCCUCAACGACUUCCAGAACGCCUUCGUCGUAAUAGGAGCUCUCAACAGCCUCCUGCCCAGCCACCCCGCCCCGGAGUCGGACGUGGGAUCGCACCCGGCCGACUUCUUCCCGACUCUCUUCCACCUGUGGUCUUUGGUCAACAGAUCCAAGGUUGUCGAUGUGGCCUUUAUAGACUUGUUCUCGCGGAUAGCGAGAGAUCAUAGCAACUGCUCCUACAUUUCCUUUGGGGAGCAUGGCAUCUUCACAAAGGCUCAGUCCGACCUCGUCUUUACGGCAAUUCUGCGGCUCACCCAGAUCCCGGUUGGUCAGGCCAAUUCGCCCUAUACGCCCCUCGACUAUCUGGCUGGAACCGGCGUGUAUUUCGAAAAGGACAAGAAAAAGUAUCCCAUCGCCUACAUGAUUGCCCGACUCAUUGUGAGCUCUCUGUCUCCCAUCUGCUGCGAGCAUGACGAGUCCAUCAUGUCGAGCCUGGAAGGCCUGAUAGAGUCUAUCGAUACAUUUUUCCACCCCUCCAACCAGGGUGCCUGGUCGGGCAUGCUUGCCCAGCUGGUUCUGUACCUGACGGACGCCUUUGUGUCCCGGUGGAACCGCGAACAGAGCUCGGAGCUAGAAGUUCCCAAGGAUCGUAAGAUCAACGACGCCUUGAAGAAGCGCUUCGUCAGUACUCUCAAGGAAGUCACUUUUAUGGGAAUCUUCUCCAAGAGCACUCGUGUUGCGCAGAUAUAUAAUAAUGCGCUACAGGGUCUGGCCUACCUCGAGCCUGACCUGGUUCUUCCUGGCGCACUGCAGCGCUUCUACCCGAGUCUUCAGGGCUUGGUCGAGGUUCACAGAACCACCUCCAGUCUGAACGGCCUACAAAUGAUUGCCAACGUCAUGUCCAAGCUCAAGGGCUAUCGCUGCCACAUUACUGCUCUCUUGGCCCUGGCGCUCCCUGGCAUCGACGCAAAUGAUUUGAACAAGACACAGUAUACCCUGCAUUUUAUCCAAGCCGUUGCUUACAGCAUUCCCAUCGUCCCGCUGACGAGCGGAGAGAGCCACAUCCACGACACGACUUUGGCCAUGGAAUGGGUGCAGGGCGAGAUGGCGCGCAUGGAGCUCGAGGGACAGAAUGUCAAGAUUGACUAUAAUUCCGAACUCACAGACGAGGAUGAGGCCAUGAUAUUGAGAUCCUCGACUGCCGGGUUUGGCGAAUUCAUCAUCACGCUCUUGGGCAAAGUCUUUACUUUGCUGGAGAACCUCCCUGACGCUAACCAGGUGAGGGGAGGGACACCAGAGGACAGUGUUGUUAAUGCUCUACCCGCCGCUCUUUCUCCUCUGUUCGCGUCAAUGUCAGCGGAUCUCUUCGACAUUACUCUGGAAAAGAUUGCGACCUUUGUUUCGUCGCACGUUGUCCACCAGGCGCGUGAUGCCAUGGCUUGGAUCCUCAACGCCCUCUGCAAGGUCAACCCAGAGAAGACCCUCAAGGUGUUUAUCCCCAUGCUCGUGGUCAACAUUCGCAAUGAGAUCGAUCUCAACCACGCAGCUUCCGACCGUACUACUGGUACGGACUAUCUGCCCAGAGAUCGAGCCCUGGUGUGGUAUGUCACCAUGCUGGCCAUGGCCGUUGUGCACGUUGGCCGUGAGGUCCUCAAUUACAAGGACGAGCUGCUCGGAAUCGCGCAGUACAUGCAAGAAAAGUGCCGAGGCCUGCCUACUAUCCUUGUCUCAAACUACAUCCAUCAUCUGUUGCUCAACCUGACGCACACAUACCCCAUCGACCAUGCCCUGUACGAACCCGAUGUUCUCGAGAGAGGCCUUGAUGUCGCCGACUGGGGCAAGACUACCACGCCCGCCGACCUUACCAUUAAAUGGCACCAGCCGUCGCCACCGGAGAUUGAUUUUGCCGUGGAGCUUUUUGCUUCGCAAAUCAAGUCGGCGUCCGAUCAGCUGGAGCUUUUGCUAAGCGAUGAUCCGCCCGUGAGUCGAAAGGGCAAGAACAAAGAGUGGUCCGACGAGGUAUCCCGGUUGAUGCAGCAGAUUCGCCUGGUUAUUAGCGGCAUGGCUACCAUGUUUGAUCCGAAGCGGGCUUCGGGAGAGACUGCCGCCAAGGCUGGUGGCGGCGACGUCGACAUGGAUAUUGAUCAAGAAGAAGCGUCUGGGGAUGUCGGCGACGACGACCCCCUUGCAGAGGUCGCCGAAGACGAAGAGCUGCGGCCUCAGUACAGGUACAAGGCUGGAUACCUCCUGAGUCCAAGUGACCCCGUCUAUGAGCGCAUCCAUGAUUUGCGCGAGCAGCUUGGUGAGCUGCUGACCAAGACACACGCGUUCCUCACUCAAAAUGAGGAGGAUGAUGUCGACUGUUUCACUACAUUGUACAUUGCUUACCGCACAUGGAUCACGGACGUUGGUAUCGAACGGUCGGCGCACCCAUUGGAGAGACAUUUGCGACUGUACAAGUGCGAUAUUGCCGCCUUCAAGAUCAAGGGCCUGAGAAAGGUUUAUCCCCGCCCUCUGCUCAUCAAGCGCGCUGAGGCGUAUCAAAUGCUGCGCAUGAAGCACAAUGCAUCAGCUCGGCAAAAGAGCGAAUUGGACAAGCGGCUGUUGUUGGAUCUUGCACAGUCUUGUCUCUCCUCGUACGCAGACGUCCGUCGUAUUGCCCAGGGCGCGCAAGACUCGUCGCUCAAGGUGCUCAUUGGCGGCAAGCCCUUGGUUAUCCCCGUCCUCCUGGAGGGUUUCAAAAAGAGCAUCGAGACAAACGACCACGAUCGAGUCAAGGGAGCCAUGUAUUCCCUGUUCUUCACAUCGCUGCUGAGGACGCUUAUCAGAGACUGGAGAUUUGCCCCGGAGGCCUUGCGUCUCUACAUCGAGACUGCUGGCAUCGACAAGCCCUCAAUACAAUCUCUCGGAACAUCCGUCAUCUAUUCGCUGAUAGAAUUCGGGAAGCCCUUUGAGAAGACGGUUUUGAUCGACACCUCCUUGGUAGACACCAUCAAGCCCGACGAGGACGUUUCAUCGCCGAUCCGCACUCGCAACCAGUUCAUUCUGCAGAGGCGAGACAAGGUGGAAGCCUCCAAGGCGGAACUCGGACUCUGGCUGAUCAAAUUGGCCAAGGGAGCGCACUGGAAGAUAGCGUCCCGGUGUGCCAUUUUUGCAACCAACCUUUGCCUCCGCUUCGACACAAUCGCCCCUAUGGAAUUCGUGGACUUGGUUGCGUACGGUACGAACGAUCCGCAUCCAGGCCUGAGAAACUAUUAUCUCUCUGCCUUUACUACACUCUUCUCGACCAUUGAUAUGCGAGCGGUUUAUGAUCAUGAUUUCAACAAUUAUUUGCUUGAAAAGGAAGUGGAUUAUAGGAACAAAGUCCAGGUGCCCGUAGAGAAGGGCGACGCUGAGUUUACCCAAAAGUUCCUGGAUGCGUUCGAGUCACCUCUCGAAGAGGCCGAAUACAUGGUGGAUGCUGACCACCCCGGAUGGUUGGUCUGGGGUAAAACCUUUACCGCGUUCCGAGCUCGCCCCAAGUACUUUGACAACUAUGAUGAUACCGAGCGAGCGGUGCGUGACCACAUUGGCAAGAUUCUGACCAAGGAGUGGGUAUCACAGUGCUUUGAGUAUCUCAAACAGGAGCCUAGGGACUCCAGUACGGACAGAUUCCGCAUGCAUGAGGUUUACCUUCUCAUGCACGUCUUUGACUUGAUGCACUAUGGCCGGACGGUCGUCACUCUGGAAGACGUCAAGGAGCUCACCAUUGAGGUCUACGGGGAUGGUAAUGAUAAGCACCAGCACCGUGCUACGUCGGAGAUUCUUGGUGCGUUGCUUGCCGGAUCCAGCGAUGAUCCGCCGGAGAUUCGAAACAAGGUCUGGGAGUUUGCCGCGCCCUUUAUCUUGAAGAUCUUUGAGAAUGACCUGACCCCGGAGAAUUUGCAAUACUGGCUGACUUGCCUCCAUCUCAUCCUUGACUCCAAGGACCCGCGCCGGGCUCACGAGAUUGUGGAUCACCUCAAGUCGUUCCGUCUCGACAUGAACUCCAACGCCGCCUUCAAGGAAUCUUCCAAGAUCCAGCUGCUUGAGUUUUCGAUAGCUGAUGCCGGAUGGCAUUUCCGCAAUGAAAAGCCGCUUUUGGAGGAUUUCUUGGCUCAUAUCGACCAUCCUUACAAGGCUGUGCGUGAGGCCAUUGCUCGUGUUAUAUCUAUCAUCUAUAAGACGAGGUACUACGAAGCGUUUGAGAAUGUGCCAGCACUACUAGAAGCCAACAAGAAGGCGUCAUCGACUGGUCUGCGGCCAUACAAAGCCUCGGAAGACUUUACGGCUACAAUUAUGAACACGUUUGACCGGCUCGAGAAGUGGCGCCUUGAGCGAACCCCAGGACAGCAGGAGCAGUCUCAAUACACGUCCGGAUCCAAGACUGUGCUGGUGUGGCUGGAUUGUACAUUGUCGUCUCACGAGUGCAGUCAGCUGGUGCCAUUCUUUGCAACCCCGUUCAUGGAUCAGCUGCUCCACAUGAUGGACGUAAAGGAGGAUCCCGAACUCAUGAAGUUGGCGUAUCAUGUAUACCGCCACCUCCCCAAUAUCCCUUUCCGCGACGGAGAAGAUGCUCAAUUCAUCGAUGGACUUGUCAGAAUUGGCAGAACCGCGGCCAGCUGGCAUCAACGGCUACGCGCGCUUGUCAAUAUGCAGGUCAUUUACUUCCGCCGCAUCUUCCUGACGGAAGAGCCCCAGCGCGACCUGUUAUUUACCACUGUGUCUGACAUGCUCGGCGACCCUCAGCUAGAAGUUCGAGCGUGUGCAGCGACGACGCUUGCCGGAAUGAUUCGCUGCUCUCCAAGCCGCAUCCGCGAUCCCAUGAUUGUUCGCCUCAAGCGUCGCUUCGAGACCGAGCUGGACCAAAACCCCAUGCCUAAGCGUGGACCCAAGCUCCCUGGAACGGAGACCCCCGUGGACGUGCACAAGCAAAUCAAUAGGAGACAUGCUGCCGUCUUGGGUCUUGGAGCGCUUAUUGAGGCUUUCCCAUAUGCGACACCGCCUCCUAUGUGGAUGCCAGAGGUGCUGGCGACCGUGGCUCGACGAGCUGCGGGUGAUCCAGGAGUUGUAGGCAAGGCCGCCAAAGGAAUUCUUAGUGAAUUCAAGAAGACGAGACAGGAUAGCUGGACCGUUGAUCAAAAGUACUUCACUCAGGAGCAACUCGAGGACUUGGAAGGAGUCUUGUGGAAGAGCUACUUUGCUUGA